AUGGGCAAACAGAGUAAGCACAGAGAAGAUGAUCGCUCGAAUAAACUGAGAACCUCAAAUGGCCACAAAUCAAAGCAGCACCAUCAACGUCGUGGUCGUCAAGAGACUGGUGCCAAUUCCCAAGUGAAAACAAGCAAAUUCCACACAAAGCUUGCCAUGUGGGACUUUGAUCACUGUGACCCUAAACGCUGCUCAGGAAAAAAGCUUGAACGCCUUGGACUCAUCACAAACCUUCGUAUCGGCCAGAAGUUUUCCGGGGUGGUUGUUUCUCCAAACGGUAAGGGAGUGGUGUGCCCUAACGAUAGAGAGGUGGUGGAAGCUAAUGGUGCCGCUGUGGUGGAGUGCCUGUGGGCUCGUUUAGACGAAGUCCCUUUCAACAAAAUAGGUGGCAAAAACGAAAGACUCCUACCUUACUUGGUAGCUGCCAACCCUGUGAAUUAUGGUCGCCCCUGGCGCCUCAAUUGCGUAGAGGCUUUAGCCGCUUGCUUCGCUAUUGUUGGUCACUUGGAUUGGGCUGAAGACCUAAUGUCAAACUUUUCAUGGGGUCAUGCCUUCAUUGAUAUCAACCGUGAAUUAUUUGAAUUAUAUCAGCUGUGUACCGAUCUGGAUCUGGUUCAAGCUGCUCAAGACGAAUGGCUUGAAAAAAUUGAACAAGAGGCCAAGACACGGAAAGAAACUGCAAGAACUCAGGACUUGUGGAUGACAGGUAACGUCAACCGUGGUAGUGAUUUACAUGUUGAAAAUGAUCUGGACGACGACCAGGAAGACGGAGUUGAAGAUGAUGUUUAUGACCAGGAAGAGUCGCUGGAGGUGAGAUAUGAUCUGUUAGGCAAUGUGAUUACUGUUAAUGGCAACGAAGUCAAUACAGAUCACGAGGAUGACGAGAAUGAAGAUGAAGAGGACGACGAAGAUGAAGAGGAUGAUGAGGAGAUUGUUUAUGAUUCACUUGGUAAUACAAUUUCCAAAUCUAUCAACCGGGAGAUCCAAGAGGAUGAUCUGAAGCAGGCAUCGGACCAAGCGAUUUCUACUGAGGAUGUCGCUAGGUUAAGCUUGAAUGAUUGA